AUGGCCACCUCCACCGAAGGCGUGAUGCCGUCGCUGAUCGCUUCCGGCGACUCGUCCCCUAGACCUCGCGAGCGAUUCGGGACUGGGGUGGACGACAUGUGGAGGAAGGAGAGCGCGCUCCAUGCCGAGGCUAGGAAGACCUCUCGGAGCCCGCUCGAUCCCUUCGUCGACGCUUGCCUGCAGCUCACGGCGUCGUUCAGGGUGUACUUCAAGUUCCUUGUUACCAUGGAGUCGCUUUUUCUGUCCAUCAUUUCCGUCGCAUCGGUCCUGCUCUUCUCGCUUUACGAGGUCAAGGGACAGAGGCUCGCGGUAAACGUGAGUUGGGCGUUCAUAUCGUUCGCCAUCGUCAUGCCGCUGACCAACUCGCUCAACGAGGCGUUCAGGAGGCGCGAGGAGGCACUCAGCCUGAUCAGCGAUGUCAAGGCGUACCUAUUAUCGUACUAUCAGGGCCACAGGGACUGGGACUGGGGAGAGAACGGCCGAAAGAGGCUCCCCGCGAACCACGUCUCACACGUCAGGUUCAUCAUCGCGUCGCUCGUCACCGACAUGCGCGAUCUCCUCACUUCACCGCCCACCGCCAGGCAGAUCCACUUUCACACCGCCAAGGGACGGACGCAGCGACGGAAGAUGCGCGCGAUCCAGCACGAGAUCAGCGCGAGGUGUUGCGAGCACUUCGACCGCGUCUCGCUCGCUGUGGAGGAGCUCAAAUACGGCGGGAUGCCGGGUAACGAAUCGGCGAGACUUCGGCAGUACGUCACGUUCACGAUGCGAGCGUGGGAGAAACUCAAGAUGAUCAAGCGGUACCGCACGCCGAUCGCCACGCGGGCCUUCGCCAGGGUGUACAUAUUUCUCCACCCGAUAUUCUGGGGCCCGUACUACGCGUACCUUGUGGAGCAGAUGCUGAACGAGGACGCGGCGCUGGGCGACGCGAUGAUCUCGGGUUCCACGGCGCACAAGGCGAUGGCGAACGUGUACGCGUGCGUGCUGUCGGUGCUGACGUCGCUGGCGAUGCAAGGUUUGUUCAACGUGAGGUACAGGAUGGAAGAUCCGUUCCUGUGCGAGGUUGGCGCCGGUGAGAAGUACGCGGGGCUGGAUCAGAUUGACGUGGGGCGGGAAUUUGCCGAAUUGAUGCGGUGUUUGUGUUCAGAGUUCAAGGACGCGGACCAGAACGAGGCUGGCGGGGGACCGAGUCGCAGGGUGUGGCCCGUGCCCAGCGAGUGCGCGAUCGCCCACCUCGAGGUUGGGUCCGCGCUCGAUGUUCAAACAAUCAUCCAUCACACGAGGGAGGAACGCGUGUGA